AGUGAUCCGUUGGGACAAAUGGAGAUGCGGGGUAAAUUGUAUUAGCGGGUGAUUAUUUUUAGUAAAUCUUAUGUUAUCAACACCAGGGCAAGCUAUACUGACUUUACAGAUCAGCAAUUUUAGUUCGUCGAUUACUGGCUGUUAUAUUGGGCAUAAUGUGCCAGCGGUGGUUUUCAAAAGCAGCAAGGCUGUUUGCCAAGGACAGACCUAGACCUGUUUGUGGGUAUUUGACCAAGAGGCUAGUAAAGUUGAAAUAACGUCAUAAUUUAAAUUGAGAAAGGACGGGGCUCAACCUAACCCAUAGUACCUAUAAACCUGAAGUAUAGCGAGGACUAAACCUAUAGUUCCAACAAAAGCGACAGACAAACCACAUUAUGAGGGAAUCAGUUUUGCUCAGGGGAUCCAUAAAGCUUUUCCGACAGACACAUUGUGAUACCUUUUGUUCACUAACACGAUUCUUAGUACCUUUCAUACAUCCAGUGAGUCAACACUGGAUCUGCCACCCCACACACACACACACACACACACACACACACACACAAGGUGAGAUUUCUGCAAGGAAGACGUGGAUGAGUUUCGGCUAGACUACAGAGGCGUGUCCUGUCGAACUUUGAAACUCAGUGACGCUCCAGUAGGCGUGAUCGGUCCCAGGAACCUUCGUCCGACAGGAGCUGAGCUGCGUUCAGACUCUUCCUGAUUCUACUAGAAAAUUCUCGAACUUUCUGCGCGGGUAUAAACUAGAAUGGGUCCCAAGCGGAGUGUCGAGUUGAGCUGACAAAACAGUAGCGUUCUUCAACAGUAUGUGUGCAGGUCAGGUUUUCAUACGUUUAUUUACCAUUCCACAGAUAGACUGCCUGCAAGCGGACCAGCGCAUUUAAAGAGAACAACCCGUCUACCUUGUGUGCAUUUGAUUGACAGUCAGCACAGGCUCAAUCAAGGGAACUUUAAACUAUUUCUCGCAGCUAUUCGGAAUAAACACACCUACAGCUAAAUGGUCAAAAUGGGUAAAGACUACUAUAGUGUCCUGGGAAUACAGAAAGGAGCGACGGAGGACGAGAUCAAGAAGGCUUAUCGUAAGCAGGCUCUGCGUUACCACCCGGAUAAAAACAAGUCUCCCAAAGCCGAGGACAAGUUUAAAGAAAUAGCUGAAGCUUAUGACGUUCUGAGCGACCCAAAGAAAAAGGACAUUUACGACCGAUUCGGCGAAGAAGGGUUGAAGGGAGGAGGCCCUUCAGGAGGAGGGGGUGCUCCCGGGGGCCCUAGUUUCAGCUACUCCUUCCAAGGCGACCCCCACGCCAUCUUCGCCGAGUUCUUCGGGGGCCGGAGCCCCUUCGACCAGUUCUUCCCCCGAAACGGCGGGGGCCCAGAUGGGGACAACAUGGACACUGACGAUCCCUUCGCCCGUUUCGGGAUGGGGGGCGGCGGCAUGGGGGGGUUCCCCCGUUCCUUCAGCACAGGGAUGGGGGGAGGGGGGAUGGGGGGCCAGAUGGUUGAGAAGCACCAGGACCCACCCGUGCUCCACGACCUCAGGGUGACCUUAGAGGAGGUGCUCUCAGGCUGCACUAAGAGAAUGAAGAUAUCCCACAAGCGGCUGAACGCAGACAGACGCACCACCCGGAUGGAGGACAAGAUCCUGGUGGUGGAGAUAAAGAAGGGAUGGAAGGAGGGGACGAAGGUCACCUUCCCUAAAGAGGGGGACGAGACGCCGACUAACAUCCCGGCAGACGUGGUGUUCGUGGUCAAGGAUAAGCCACACCCGCUGUUCCGGCGAGACGGCUCUGACAUCGUUUACCCCGCCAAGGUCUCCCUCAGAGAGGCGCUGUGCGGCUGCACGGUCAUCGCCCCCACGUUGGACGGCAGGACAGUAACCGUGACGACAGGGGACGUGGUGCGUCCGGGGAUGAAACGACGCAUCACGGGGGAGGGGCUUCCUCUGUCCAAGAGGCCCGAUCGCCGCGGUGACCUGCUGGUGGAGUACGAGGUGGUGUUUCCGGAGAGACUGAGUCAGAGUGCCAAGGAGACCAUCGCACAGGUUCUUCCACCCUAGUCCUGAUAGCUAUAAACUAUGAACUUCUUAAGGACAAAACGGACGGCGCCCGACGAACAGUGAAAAGCAACAGGUGGCUGUCCUCCCUAUCGCCUCUGACCGAAGAACGUCCACCGCCCUCAUUUUCUGUUCAUUUCCAGACCAUUCUGCGUGUUGAAUCGCCAUCGUUCGUCGACACCCAUCAGGAGACCUACUGCGCACGGCCAACUUUCGUCACGGUGUCUCUUGUCCUUUAGUUGAGGACACUGCCACUUUGGACCUCGUGAGUCCACUUCAGAACCACUAGUGAACUGAGGGAAAACCUGCAACCCGUAUUCAAAAAGCAUCUUAGAGUAGGCGUGCUGAUCUAGGAUCAGUGUAGCCUUUUAGAUAAUCAUACAUGUGACUACAUGGACAGAGGGCACCUGAUCCCAGAUCAGCACUCCUGCACUGUAGAACCAGAGACCAUCAAAUACAUGUUGUUUUAGCUUCCUUUAGUAUAAGCCUCUUUUUAGCUCUACUUCCCUACUGGUGAAUGUUGCCAUGUACAGGCUAGAGCCAUUGGCUUGUUAGCAGUGGUUUCCAAACCUUUCCUCUGGGACCCCCAGACAUUUAACACAACUUUGUUGUAGCCCUGAACUAGCUCACCUGGUUCACCUAGUCAAGGGCUUGAUGAUUAGUUGAUAUGAGAGUGAUAUUGGGGUGAGAAUGAAUGGAUUCUAUUUGACUCCCUCUCCAAGACAUUUACUGCCAGAGAGACUGUUGGAGUAAGAGGUCACCUGAUUCACCAAGUCAAGGGCUUGAUGCUUAGUUGACUAAUGUAAUCAGGUGUUCUAGCUCUUGAAUAGAUGAAAUCCAUUUGUCUGUGGGUCCCCCAGGAGAGGUUUGAAAACUCCUGUUUUGGGGGAUUAGAUUUGUAUCUCUUGGUGGCAUUUCUUUACAGAUGGCAUCUCUUCACGUACCUAUUCUAGGGGUUUAGGGAUCAUGGGUGGGUUUCAUGGUUUUGGAUUCUGAUCAAAUCAAUAGAAAGUAUUGCCACUGAUCAAUACUCAUAGUCUGAUAAUACCCAUAGUCAUUCGUUCAGAACAGAAACAAUGCUGUUUGAAUGCAUAGAAAUAUAAUCUAUAGAACGGACCUUCCCGUUCAAGUCAAUGCUGAAUCUAUUCCUAUGCUUGAAUGGUCUUUACUUUUCCAGGAUGCCUACAAUAACAGGGUGGAGGGAAGUGUGAGUGAGAGGUGUGUGUUUCAGCUAGUGUGUAUGAGUUAGCUAACUAGGUUAACUUUUUGUACAGAAAUGGUUGGAAUGUAUGACUUGCGUAGGAUCUGGGCUUUGUAUGGUGCCGCUGUUGGAUUGUGUACUAUCACGAGAUGGGAUGUUAGCACAGUAACCAUGGGAGAUAUAGGCUUUCAUGUUAUACCCAUAGCAUUCCUCUUUACUCAAUAGUAUACACAACAUGUAUUGUUGCUACCUGUUGUUGAUGCAGCAAGUGAGAACUGUCCAAAAACCGACAUAAAGCUAUGUUUAUUGAGCAAAGAAUAUCAACUUUUGUUUUGAAAUGAUCUAUGCAUUUAAAUGAAAGAUCCCUCACCUCAAUAUAGAGGCCAUUAUUUCUCCCUCACAACAGGAAGUAGUUUUAUAUUUAAAUCAUGUAGUUUAUAUUUAAGGAAUACCGUUAAGAAUACGUUAACCCUGGACAGAAUCUUCUGCAACCAGACUUAGAAUUUCUUAGUUUACUAUACAUUUGCCAUGUAUGUAUUAUAUUUCUGGACAGUUUUCUAUACACAGAAUGUAUUUUCUACGUGAAUAACGUUCAUAGGUAAAUAAAGUGUGUUUUCUAGAUAAA